AAAUAGCUAACCACCACAAAUCACAGGGAACGCUAAAACGCCGCCGUAUUUAUCACUGUUUAUAUAUAAACUUUCAUCUCCGGCGCUCUGCUCCGGUAACAAUUUAUUCUUCCUUACAUUCCUCCGUCGCAAUGAUCGUCAAUUUCUCCUUCGUCCUCCUCCUUUUCAUCUCCGUCUUCGUUUCCUCUGCUAAUGCGAAAGCUACAAUUUCUAUUUCCAUCAGAGCUCUGAAUCGAUCUGGCGAUUCCGUCGUGAUCCAAUGGUCCGGCGUCGAUUCUCCAUCAAAUCUCGAUUGGUUAGGCCUCUAUUCACCGCCGGAGUCUCCCAACGAUCACUUCAUCGGUUACAAGUUCCUCAACGAAUCCUCCACUUGGAAAUCCGGAUUCGGUUCGAUCUCUCUUCCUUUAACAAAUCUCCGAUCGAACUACACGUUUCGGAUCUUCAGAUGGAGCGAAUCAGAGAUCGAUAUGAAACACCAGGAUCAUGAUCAGAAUCCUUUACCGGGAACCAAACAUCUUUUAGCUGAAUCGGAGCAGCUGAGCUUCGGAUCCGGCGGCGUUGGCAUGCCGGAACAAAUCCAUUUGUCGUUCACGGAUAAGGUUAACACGAUGCGUGUCAUGUUUGUAGCUGGAGAUGGAGAGGAACGUUUCGUGAGAUACGGAGAAGAGAAAGAUCUGUUAGGCAAUUCCGCUGCGGCGCGUGGGAUGAGGUACGAGAGAGAACACAUGUGUGAUUCGCCGGCGAAUUCAACCGUCGGGUGGAGAGAUCCUGGUUGGAUUUACGAUACGGUUAUGAAGAAUUUGAACAAUGGCGUUAGGUACUAUUAUCAGGUUGGUAGUGAAUCUAAGGGAUGGAGUGAGAUCCGUAGUUUUAUUGCUAGAGAUCUAUACUCAGAAGAAACUGUAGCUUUUAUGUUUGGAGAUAUGGGUUGUGCUACGCCUUACACUACAUUUAUCCGCACACAAGAUGAGAGUAUAGCUACGGUGAAGUGGAUCCUCCGUGAUAUUGAAGCUCUUGGUGACAAGCCAGCUUUUAUUUCACACAUUGGAGAUAUAAGUUAUGCUCGUGGUUACUCGUGGGUAUGGGAUGAGUUCUUUGCUCAGAUUGAGCCUAUUGCCUCCAAAGUUGCUUACCAUGUUUGCAUUGGUAACCAUGAGUAUGAUUUCCCUGCUCAGCCUUGGAAGCCUGAUUGGGCAGCUACGACUUAUGGAACUGAUGGUGGUGGUGAAUGUGGUGUGCCGUAUAGUUUGAAGUUCAACAUGCCUGGGAACUCUUCAGAACCCACGGGAACGAAAGCUCCUCCGACGAGGAAUCUUUAUUAUUCUUAUGAUAUGGGAUCUGUUCAUUUCCUGUAUAUCUCCACAGAGACGAAUUUUGUUAAAGGAGGCAGUCAGUAUGAAUUUAUAAAGCGAGAUCUAGAGACUGUAAACAGGGAGAAAACGCCGUUUGUUGUUGUGCAAGGACACAGACCGAUGUACACUACGAGCAAUGAGGUUAGAGACACUAUGAUUAGGCAAAAGAUGGUUGAGCAUUUGGAACCGCUGUUUGUGGACAACAAUGUCACGCUUGCUCUAUGGGGACAUGUUCAUAGAUACGAAAGGUUUUGUCCGAUAAGCAACAAUACUUGCGGCAAACAGUGGCCAGGAAGCCCGGUUCAUCUUGUGAUUGGUAUGGCUGGUCAAGAUUGGCAACCAAUUUGGCAGCCGAGACCAAACCAUCCAGAUGUUCCUAUAUUCCCUCAGCCUGAACAGUCAAUGUAUCGUACGGGUGAGUUUGGAUACACUCGUUUAGUUGCAAACAAAGAAAAGCUCACUGUUUCAUUUGUGGGUAACCAUGAUGGCGAAGUUCAUGAUACUGUUGAGAUGUUAGCUUCUGGGGAAGUAAUCAGUGGGAGUAAAGAGAGUACUAAAGUCCCAAAUCUUAAAGCCGUUUCUGCUUCCGCUACGCUGAUGAGAAAAUCCGAAUCUAAUACCUUGUGGUAUGUCAAAGGAGCAGGCUUGAUGGUUGCGGGUGUGGUUUUAGGGUUCAUUAUCGGGUUUUUCACCCGGGGAAAGAAAUCGUCGUCUGGUAACCGUUGGAUCCCAGUCAAGAACGAGGAGACAUAAUAUUGAACUGAGUCUAAUUAGGGGGCAUGAUUUGUAUAGGAUCUCUUUUUUACCACGGUGUUGGGAAGAGAACAUAAGUUUUUGUACACUACAAUAAUACUGAUUCUUGUUAGAUAGUGUCUUCUUGUGCUUAUUAUUUGUAAGAAUUUGUGAGUAUCACUACGAUGUUACAGACUGAAGGGAUUUUGCUGUAAUUACAUUAUGUACUGUUUGAGUUAAUAUAUAUAAAUACAACACUUUGGAACUG